AUGUUUUCUCGAGUUCUUAUUCCCCUGGGGGCAGCAGUCCUUACAUAUGCACAAUCUGUUACACCAAUCGUUGAUAUCGGCUAUGCCAUACACCAAGCAUCCUUGCUCAAGUCCACUAACACGUACUAUAACUUUUCGAACAUCCGGUUUGCAGCUCCUCCUGUAGGAGAAUUGCGUUUCCAAGGCCCUGUGGAUCCUCCAGGCAACCGUUCAGCUGGAAUACAGGAUGGAACAUAUGGCCCCAUAUGCCCCCAGAUAUAUCCAAACUGGGUAUCGACUGGUCUAAGCACCACCAACGACUCUUCUGUGGAGAUCCAUACUUCAGACGAUAAUGAGAGUGAAGACUGUCUCUUCUUGGAUGUUGUUGUACCUGAGAAAAUUUUCGAGAGUCGGAAUUUUGGUUCUGGUUCACCUGUAAUGGUUUGGAUUUAUGGGGGUGGGUAUGUGGCUGGCGAUAAGCUGACAGGCUUUAAUCCUGUUGGUCUGCUUGAUCGGAGUAAGCAGAGUGUCAUCUACGUGGCUAUGAACUAUCGUCUUGGGGCCUUCGGUUUCUUGGCCGGCCCGUCUCUUCAAACUAACGGGACCGCUAAUGUUGGGUUGCUUGAUCAACGUUUCGCACUCCAGUGGGUACAGAAAUAUAUCCACCUCUUUGGCGGUGACCCAAAUCGAGUCACAGUUUUUGGCGAGAGCGCUGGCGGCGGGUCUAUAAUGCAUCAGAUUACAGCCUACGGGGGCCGCAAUGGCAGAAGUCCGUUCCAGCAGGCUAUUUCUAUGAGUCCUGGAUUCUACCCUCUACCAGGCAACUACGCUCCCGAGGUAUCGCUUCAGCAGUUUCUAAAGGCAGCAAACGUUAGCACUGUGCAGGAAGCUCGCCAGCUAUCGUCUGCUGCACUGAUUCAAGCCAACAGUGAGGUAGUUUCACUAGCACCCUACGGCUCCUUCAUCUUUGGGCCUUCCGUUGACGGAGAUUUGAUCCCAGCUAUGCCUGGCAAGCUUCUCUUACAAGGCAGCUUUGACCACAAAGGCCUUACAUUUGCUAAUCCAGCGAUUGCCAACGACUCGGCAUUUGCGGCAGCAAUAAAAUCAUGGCUGCCUACAGCCUCUGAAGCGAUUGUCUCGUACUUAGCAACCACCCUCUAUCCACCUAUUUUUGAUGGGUCCCAAGAUUAUACCACAAUGCUAUCACGUGUGGCCCUAGCUAUUGGGGAGAUGGAAAUCGCCUGCAACGCUGGUUUUCUAGCGCAGGCUUUUAGUGGGCUAGGAUCCCGUGCAUACCUCUUCAGCGUGCCACCCGGGCGUCAUGGUACAGACACACCAUACGCAUUUUACACUAGCGGGCCGUUUCCCGGUGUCGAAAAUGGGACUCUGGCGAUGAUUCUGCAGGAUUAUUUCACACAAUUUGCCGUUACCGGUGAUCCAAAUAUCCCUGGCAUCACUCCGAACUUUCCGCUAUACGGUAAAGAAUCGACGGUACUCAACAUGAAUUCAACCUUCAUUUCUCCUUUGCCUGAUCCAGCAGCCAACCCUCGCUGUUCAUGGUGGCAAGAGGCGCUGUUUGUCUAG